CUGAAAAACAAGACACCAGUGUGAUCUUGCAGAAGAGAAGACUGAAGCAGAGCUGUGUGUAGAAUUUUUUUUUUUAUCAGAAUUUUAUCCUUUUUUAUUCCUAUAUUGAAUUUUGGCUUACAAAAAUGGGGAUGGUUGUAAUAUUUGUCCUCUCCAGCUUGGUGGUGGGUUUUGCUUGGGGUGAGCUGAUUUUAGAACCAGACAGACCCUCACUGAGUGUGCCAGUCUCUGAAAAUGCUUCACUGGAAUGCUGCUAUAAAUCACAGUCGGGGAGAGUGAAUGUCCACUGGAUCCACUAUUAUAACAAAACUCAGCAGUUGUUGUUCGAUAAAACAGCUGAAUCACAGAAAGAUUCCAAAUCUGAAAAAAUAUAUUGUGCCCAAUUGAAUUUCCCUGAAGUAAAGCUGAAGGACCUUGGAUUUUACCAUUGUCUGCUGAAUGAUAGUGGCAACACAUAUUACACACAUGGAACCUACCUGCGUGUCUACAAGCCAAUGGAGAAGACCAUAAACCUGAGAGAAACCACCAAAAACAAGAUCCUGAUAGCUGAGGGAUUCUUACUGUUACUGUGUGUGAUGCUGCCUUCUGCCAUUCUUCUGUUCAAGUCAAAGAAGCUUAAUGAACUGGAGAAAAAGAAAGCAAAGAAAGAAGAGGAAAAUAUAUAUCAGGGGCUAAAUCUGGAUGACUGUUGUGCAACAUACGAUCAGAUUGAACGCUCCCAAGCACAGGGCCCGUACCAGGAUGUGGGCAACAUUAAGGAAGAAGAGGAAGAAAUCCAGCUGGAGAAACCAUAAAACAAAGUGAAUAACAGACAGUUACGAGUGUUUUAUCUGUAUUUGUCAAAACAAUCAUAACACAAUAUCCACUGGUCUGCAACCAGGAUUUUAGAAAUACUUCCUUAUCAACAUAUCAACUAUAAACUUUUUUUUUUCAGUUUUUUUAUGAUGUU